AUGACUGGGAGCUUCGUCUCGCCAUCGGCCGAUGCGACAGUCUCGCCCCAACUUUUCGCGCCGGCGGGUCUCGUCGCUACCGUUUUGGAUGGCUUCACUAUCUGGAAGGGUUUGUUGACGCUCUUCGUGGCGGCUGUCCUUUAUGACCAGUUCAAGUACCACUACCUCAAGGGCGCCAUUGUUGGCCCUAUGUACAAGAUCCCCUUCAUGGGCCCUUUUCUUCAAUCCGUCAACCCCAAAUUCACCGAAUACAAGGCCAAGUGGGACAGUGGCGACCUGAGCUGUGUCUCUGUCUUCCACAAGUUCGUCGUGAUUGCCUCAACCCGUGAUAUGUCUCGCAAGAUCUUCAACUCGCCCUCCUACGUCAAGCCCUGUGUUGUGGAUGCCGCGCACAAGCUUCUCGGAAAGACCAACUGGGUCUUCUUGGACGGCAAGGCCCACGUUGACUACCGUAAGGGCCUCAACGGUCUUUUCACCCGUCAGGCUCUGGCUAUGUACCUCCCCCGCGCCGAGGAGGUUUUCAACUCCUACAACAAGCGCUUCCUUGAGAAGUCCGCCGCCACCAACUUUACGCCCACUCCCUGGAUGCCCGAGUUCCGCGAGCUUAUGUGUGCUCUUUCUUGUCGCACCUUCGUUGGUUACUACAUGACCGAUGAGGCCGUGCAGAAGAUUGCGGACGACUACUAUCUGAUCACUGCUGCUCUUGAGCUGGUCAACUUCCCUAUCAUCCUUCCCUACACCAAGACAUGGUACGGAAAGAAGGCCGCCGAUAUGGUGCUCGCUGAGUUCACCAAGUGUGCUGCCAAGUCCAAGGCUCGCAUGGCUGCCGGUGGCGAGAUCUCUUGUAUCAUGGAUGCCUGGGUCAAGGCCCAGCUGGAUUCCGCUGUGUAUCGUGAGAAGAUCGCCAAGGGUAUUCAGGUCGACUCUUCCGAGAAGCCUUCCCAGGUCCUCCGUGACUUCACCGAUUUCGAAAUUGCCCAGACUAUCUUCACCUUCCUGUUCGCCUCUCAGGACGCCACCAGCGCCGCCUCCACCUGGCUGUUCCAGUUGAUGGCAGACCGUCCCGAGAUCCUGGACAAGGUCCGCGAGGAGAACCUGAAAGUCCGCAACGGUGACCGCACCAUCCCCGCCACCAUGGACCUGCUCGACAACAUGCCCUACACCCGGGCUGUCGUCAAGGAGACUCUGCGCUACCGUCCCCCUGUCAUCAUGGUUCCUUACCUUGUCAAGAAGGACUUCCCGAUCAGCGAGACUGUCACUGUGUCCAAGGGCUCUAUGAUAAUUCCCUCCGUGUGGCCCGCAUGCCAUGACGAGGAGGCAUACCCCAACGCCGACUCUUUUGACCCCGACCGCUGGAUCACCGGUACUGCUGAGCAGCAGACCAAGAACUGGCUCGUCUUCGGCACAGGUCCCCACUACUGUCUGGGUCAGACCUAUGCUCAGCUGUCUCUGAUGGCCAUGAUCGGAAAGGCCAGUAUGGAAAUGGACUGGGAGCACACCCCCACUCCCGAGUCGGAGGAUAUCAAGGUGUUUGCCACUAUCUUCCCUCAGGAUGACUGCCUGCUCACAUUCCGCCCCCGCGCCUAA